AAGAUCAAAGAGAGAAAUAAGAGAUCCAAACAACACUGAAUUCACUUCAAGGGAAAAUCAGUUUUGGGCAAAUGAGGAACCAAGGUUCAAGUGAUCGCAGCUGGAAUAACAUGGAUUACAACAUCCUCGUCAAAAUAUUCACGACUCUGAACUUUAUGGAUAUAAUUUCCAACGUUUCUCUGGUGUGUAGCUCAUGGCGCUCAGCUUGUUGUGACCCGGCUCUUUGGACAAAACUCGAUUUAAGUACACUGAGCCCUGACUCCAAUGAUGUUCUCCCAAAACCAUAUACUUUGUCUGAUGACGAAUCAGGCAAGAUAUUAACAAAAAUCUUGAAGAGUGCUUUAAAUCUCAGUCGUGGGAACGUGACUUGCUUGGUUUUCAACUACUUUAUAUCCAUAAAUGAUGAACACUUGGUCUGCGCAUCAGAGAGGAGCCCUAACCUAAAACGACUCAUUCUACCACUUAAUUGGCAUCAAUUAACAGAGAGUGGAAUUCAACAGUCUUUCAAAAUGUGGGAAGGGCUCGAGUCUUUAACUGUUCCUAGCGUCAUUGCUCCUUUCAAAAUAAUGGAGGCGGUUGGCUCAUACUGCAAGAGCUUCUCUGAACUUAAACUUCAAUGCUUUUUCAACCUCAACUUUGCUGUUGCCCUUACUAAGAAUGUACCAAAGUUGAAGAAGUUUAUCAGUAUGAAGUUGGCUUUACAUUGUAUCGGGAAAUUGACCCACCGAUUAUUGAAAAGUGCUCGCGGCUUAAGAAGUUUCUCACUUGUCAAAGAGAUACCUGCAAUAUGUGUAAGUGGAGGCCUUACAAUGAAAGGGUCUUGGAUUGGGCUGAAUUUGAACAGAGAUGUUGGAGAGAGGAUGAGAUUUUUCAAAGCAAAAUUUUUUCCAAACUGCACUAUUAUGGAAGUUAAGGAGGGUCAUGGGGGAUCUUAUGCUUGGAAGAGUAUAUUGAAGGGGAGAGAGGUCAUCCAACAAGGGGCUAAAUGGAGAGUGGUAAAUGAGAACUCUAUUAAGCUUUGGGGUGAUAAAUGGCUGCCCUCACUUACUGCCCCAAGUUUGCAAGGCCCUUUGCCAGCUGAAUUGCAAGAUGCCAUUGUAAGUUCACUCAUAAAUCCCUUCACUCGAACUUGGGAUGUUUCUAUGCUGCCUAAUGUGUUCAGCCAAGAAGUAUCUGAGCAAAUUCAGAAAAUACCUCUAAGCCGUAACAUAUGUGAAGAUGUCCUCACCUGGCCCUUUGUUCAGUCCGGAUAA